AUGGAAACCAUCCAUAACGAUGCAAAUAACAUUCCGGAGACGAUCCAAAAAGCAUGGAUCAGACUGCGUUAUCUCCAUCCUUCUCUUGCCACUGAAGUCGGCCAAAAGGAAUUCCGGUAUAUGGCUCUCAAAAGUGAAGAGGAUAUUGAAAAUUGGCUGGAGAAGACUUUCAUCGUUAAAGAGUGUGAUUCGCAUGCGGAAGUACAAGGCUGUCAAGACCUCAGUAUCGCACCUGCUGCCCAGUCGCCUGUACUCUACUACUUCCCUGGCAAGAAAAGAUUAAUUCUGCGCAUGGAUCACAUGCAUGGGGAUGGACAAGCGGUUGUGAACAUGGUACAAGAUCUCUUUACUGAGAUCCGGCGAUUGAACUUGGGUGGAGGAAUUGUGAAUGAACCUUGGGGUACGGAAGUACACAACCUUGCUUCUAGUGCAUUCGACGCUGCGGGAAUAACCGCCUUGGAAGAUUCCUGGUCCUCGAAUCUUGUCUCGUCUUUGCCCCAGCCACGAGCAGAAGGAGAGGCGUUCGAAAUACCUUCCUUUAAUAACACGCACCCACCUGGAGCAGGCAAGACACAAUCUCUCCAGUUUUCCGAAAACGAAACAUCUGAGCUUCUGGAUCAAGCCCAAAAACAGAAUUUGGGGAUCACUGCUUUUGUGCAUGCAGCACUUCUCCAUGCCGGAAAGAGAAUUAGCCCCAAUUCUGAAAGCAUGGUCCAUUCAACCGUUCUUAUUUUCAGUUUUCGAGAAAGAUGUACCGACUCGCCUCCCAAUGCCAAUGCAAGGGCUGCUGCUCUGCGGAUUGGCUUUUAG